AUGGAGUAUUUGGUUUGGGAGGCCUAUAAGCACACGUAUCCUCAGAAUGAGUUCCCUGAGAAAUAUGUUCCUGUCUCUGUGAAAUUUAUUGUACGUGAACCAAUUAUUGUACGUGAACCAAUUAUUGAUUGUGAAUCAAUUAUUGUACGUGAACCAAUUAUUGUACGUGAACCAAUUAUUGUACGUGAACCAAUUAUUGUACGUGAACCAAUUAUUGAUUGUGAACCAAUUAUUGUACGUGAACCAAUUAUUGUACGUGAACCAAUUAUUGAUUGUGAACCAAUUAUUGUACGUGAACCAAUUAUUGAUUGUGAAUCAAUUAUUGUACGUGAACCAAUUAUUGUACGUGAACCAAUUAUUGUACGUGAACCAAUUAUUGAUUGUGAACCAAUUAUUGUACGUGAACCAAUUAUUGUACGUGAACCAAUUAUUGUACGUGAACCAAUUAUUGUUCAGUUAACUCAGAGGACCACAGAGCUGAGGAAGGUCACCACACUGCAGGAGGUGGAGCCAGGGCCUGGUGACCGACCUCCAGGGAAGGUCACCACGCUACAGGAGGUGGAGCAAGGGCCUGGUGACCGACCUCCAGGGAAGGUCACCACACUACAGGAGGUGGAGCCAGGGCCUGGUGACCGACCUCCAGGGAAGAUCACCACACUACAGGAGGUGGAGCCAGGGCCUGGUGACCGACCUCCAGGGAAGGUCACUACGCUACAGGAGGUGGAGCAAGGGCCUGGUGACCGACCUCCAGGGAAGGUCACCACACUACAGGAGGUGGAGCCAGGGCCUGGUGACCGACCUCCAGGGAAGGUCACCACACUACAGGAGGUGGAGCCAGGGCCUGGUGACCGACCUCCAGGGAAGGUCACCACGCUACAGGAGGUGGAGCCAGGGCCUGGUGACCGACCUCCAGGGAAGGUCACCACGCUACAGGAGGUGGAGCCAGGGCCUGGUGACCGACCUCCAGGGAAGGUCACCACACUGCAGGAGGUGGAGCAAGGGCCUGGUGACCGACCUCCAGGGAAGGUCACCACGCUACAGGAGGUGGAGCCAGGGCCUGGUGACCGACCUCCAGGGAAGGUCACCACACUGCAGGAGGUGGAGCAAGGGCCUGGUGACCGACCUCCAGGGAAGGUCACCACGCUACAGGAGGUGGAGCAAGGGCCUGGUGACCGACCUCCAGGGAAGGUCACCACACUACAGGAGGUGGAGCAAGGGCCUGGUGACCAACCUCCAGGGAAGGUCACCACACUGCAGGAGGUGGAGCAAGGGCCUGGUGACCGACCUCCAGGGAAGGUCACCACACUGCAGGAGGUGGAGCAAGGGCCUGGUGACCGACCUCCAGGGAAGGUCACCACACUACAGGAGGUGGAGCAAGGGCCUGGUGACCGACCUCCAGGGAAGGUCACCACACUGCAGGAGGUGGAGCAAGGGCCUGGUGACCGACCUCCAGGGAAGGUCACCACACUGCAGGAGGUGGAGCAAGGGCCUGGUGACCGACCUCCAGGGAAGGUCACCACACUGCAGGAGGUGGAGCAAGGGCCUGGUGACCGACCUCCAGGGAAGGUCACCACACUACAGGAGGUGGAGCAAGGGCCUGGUGACCGACCUCCAGGGAAGGUCACCACACUGCAGGAGGUGGAGCAAGGGCCUGGUGACCGACCUCCAGGGAAGGUCACCACGCUGCAGGAGGUGGAGCAAGGGCCUGGUGACCGACCUCCAGGGAAGGUCACCACACUACAGGAGGUGGAGCAAGGGCCUGGUGACCGACCUCCAGGCAGACCAGAUUAA